GCUUCCUCAUGACAUCACAUGGUUGCAGAAUGACUAACGUUCACUUCGGAAGCAAGACUUCGUAAUCGCCGAGCGCGGCCGCAAGAGAGCGGAGAAAGGGCUCCACUGUCCUUGUGCGUAUCAUUUUGAGGAAGUUUCAGAAAUGCCCUCCCAGCGGUGAGAAGUUCUACGCUUGACUGCUGCAUCUGUACUAUUUCUCUGUCUCACAGGGUAUAUUCGUCAUCAGGGAUCUCAUCAUCCGAAGCUACUUCCUGUCUCCGUUGUCAUGGCGACGGUGGGAGCCCCAGAGCACAGGGUGCAGAGCCAAUGAGGAGGCCCGAGGUGUGAUUGCACAUCUGACUGCCGCUGAAGUUCAUGCAACCUGCUUGUCUUUAAAAAGGAAAAGGAAGAGCCCCCCAGAAAUGGAGGAAGAGUGCAAGGUGAACGGCUCUGGACUGAACCCAAGGCGGAGGGGCUCGGACUGGGGUCGCAUCGCCCUGCUGGACAAGACCAAGGAGUUCUUCCAGACCUGCGAUGUGGAGGGCAAAGGCUUCAUUACCCGCACGGAUAUGAGGAGGCUCCACAGAGAGCUGCCUCUGUCUGCAGCAGAGCUGGAGGAUGUGUUCGACUCUCUGGAUACAGAACACACCGGCUACCUCACGCUGGAGGUCUUCUCCUCCGGGUUCAGUCAGUUCCUGCACGGUCGCAGGAUCUCCGUCACCGACGACCAUAGUAGUCGGGCCCCCAGCCCCACGCUCGGAGCCAGGGAGGCUCUUUAUCAGAGCCAAUGGGAAGCCAGGCUGUCGGGGGGCGAAGACGGGGAGGAGGAGCGGCACUUCUGUAUGCUGCUGGAGAGCCUGGGAGCCAGUAAUGUGUUCGAGGAUCCGGGCGAGGUGCGCAGUCUCUGGGCCGAGCUCAGGCGGGACGAGCCUCACCUCCUGUCCAACUUUGAGGAGUUCCUGGCCAGGGUCACCCACCAAAUAAAAGAGGCCCACCAGGAAAGGAAAGAGAUGGAGAGCGCCCUCCAGAGGAAGGCUGCGACACACGACAGCGAGAUCCGUCAUUUGUACGAAGAGAUGGAGGCACAGAUCAAAAAUGAGAAAGACAGACUAGUACUAAAGGACUCUGAGCGUCUUCAGCUGCGCAGCCAGGACCUGGAGCACCAACUGUUUUCAAAGGAGAAAGAGCUGGAGCAGCUUUUCCAGAAGCAGAAAGGGUUGGAGCUCCAGUGCCGCGAGCUGAACAGCGAGAAGCAGGAGAGCCGCGUGGAGAACGUCAAGCUGAAGAUGACCAACGACGAGCUGUCCCGAGCGCUGGACAGCACCAGCCAGGACCUGUCGCUGGCCCAGGAGCAGCUGGCCAUGCUGCAGGAGCAGGCCGCCCGGCUGCACCGGGAGAAGGAGAUGGAAAUGUACAGAGUAACUGAGGGCCUGCAGAGAGAAAAGCAAAGUCUCAUGAAGCAGCUUGACCUCCUCAGAGAGAUGAACAAACAUUUGAAGGACGAGCGAGACAUAUGCAGCGGUGUACCUCGGACGUCGCUCAGAAAGAAGCAGAAGCAGAGAGCGGGCCUCGCCAACAUGUUUGAUGACACCAGCCAGCCGACAAAAAGAGCCCCACUCUUGGUGGAUGGGUCCUUCCAGUCUCUGGAGGCCCUGCCUAUAGAGCACCUUCAAAUCGUGUUUGUUGCUUCCUCCUCCUGUAGUGAGGAUGAUACCAACACGACCAGCACCACUACCUCCUCCCCCUCCACCACCACCACUGUUAGUGCCCCCGCAUGUCAACAACGCCCUGCCGCCAAGAAGACCUCUGGCUUCGCCAACGGCUACGCCAACUCUGCUCCGCCCAAAGUCCACGAUGUGAAGACAAGGGCCAAACGGGCGCCCAGCAAGACGGCUGCAGCUCGGAGGGUGCCGAGGAAAGACAGAGAAAGAGGGAAGAAGGUGGAAACUGGGACGAAGUCGGAGGUGGAGGAGGAGGUGUUGGACGCCCCUCCGGAUGGGUGGCCCCUCCGUCGAGUCAUCUCCAUCGAGGAGGACCACCUGGCCCACCUGCUCCUGGGCGGCCCCCAGCCCUUACUGCACCAGCUCAGCGAGGAGGAAGAUGAGGACGAGGACGAGGACGUGGCGGCGGAAGACGCGGCGCAGAGCGACACUGAAUCCGGUCACGUGCCACUGGCGACAGACGCUUCUCCGGCGGGGAGAUCCCGCCUCGGCCAAGCAAAAAAAACGCCCACGUCUGCUAGAGGGCAACCCGUCGGCAAGGAGACGCAACAAAAGACGAGAGAAGCUGCACUGUUUGUCCCCGACCGCCUCUUUAAGGUCGUCUUGGUUGGCAACUCCAGCGUGGGCAAGACAUCCCUGCUGCGCUCCUUCUGUGAGGGCCGUUUCCACGCUGCCACCACUGCUACUGUGGGUGUCGACUACAGUGUGAAGACACUAACCCUGGACAAUAUGCAGAUAGCCAUGCAGCUGUGGGACACAGCGGGUCAAGAGAGGUACCGCAGCAUCACCAAGCAGUUCUUUCGCAAAGCAGACGGCGUGGUGGUGAUGUACGACGUCACCGUGGAGGAGAGCUUCAAGGCCGUGCAGCCCUGGCUCGUCAAUGUCCAGGAAGCUGCGGGAGAAGGGAUCCCUGUCCUCCUUCUAGGCAACAAAAUGGACAUGGACGGAGAGAGGGAGGUGUCAUUUAAAGAUGCCGAGCAGCUGGCUCAUGAAAACAAGGUGAUGUUCUUCGAGGUCAGUGCCUACACAGGAAAGAAUGUGACGGAGUCCCUGACGCGCCUGGCCAGAGUGUUGAUGGAGCAGGAGGACAGGGUGAGAGACAAAACCAUCAUCCUCACUGCUCAGCCCAUAAAGAAGAAAGCCUGUUGCAAGUGAAGAUGCACUGUCCAACAAGGAAAACUUUUGAUCACUUCUGGACAUUGGACUUUUUGCAUUAUUUGAAGGAAAUCAGUAUUGGCCUUGUGCAAGAACCUCGGCAUAGAUUUGAAUCCAGUCUUCAUUUUGGCCCAGAAAUGCAGUGCACGCAGAAGCCGACAUGAAGGAGCUGGUGCUGAUGUUGCCCGUGUGGAAAAGAAAAAACUGCUGUCGAGCUCAGAGGAUGAGGAUGAGCUCAUCUGCAUCUGAAUACAAGGUGCUGCACCAUUACGUGUAAAUAAUAAUUUGUUGCCAAAUCACCGUAGUGCCGUCUAAAAGAUUAAAGGUAAAAAGGUGUUCUGUGAUAUAUUUAUUUCACCCAGGUGACAAAAAAUCAUAAAUACACUACAGGGUUUUCAUCAGUGAAUUUUAGCUCUGAAGUCUACAUUUUCUCAAUAUGUCUCUGGUGUAGUAUGAUAUGUAGUAAAUAUGAAACUACAAGUGAAAUACACUGAAAUUGUUUUAAAUGAACAUCCAAAAUCAAUCGGAUCAAAAAAAUUGAAAAAUCUGACUUGAUUCUUUGACACUUUAUUCAUCAUAACGACGUUCUUUGUUCAUAUUCUUCAUACUCUUGUCUCCAAAACAAAUUGUUUCAUAACAUAUUGCAUCUGUGUUGGUUUCUGCUCUGAGGCAUUGUUCUCUUUUCUUCUGGUACAGAUGUUCUCAAUUAAAGAAAAACAUCAGUUACA